GAAACCACCAAACCAACUCUACACUACACACAAUCAUCAAAAUUCAAAUCCAAUAAAUUAACCAAAAUGUAAUGGCAUUGAUUAAUUUGAUCCACCCUUGAAAACCCAAUUCUUCCCUCUCCUCUUCUUCCUAUAUAUCACACUUUUUUCACUUCUCAAUCACCAACCAAACAACACAAACACUCCCUCGAAUGUCUCAUGUUGGUGCUGCCGAUACCAUGUCGUCUUCCUCGAUUAGCAGCGACACACCAUUUUUGGGUGCGAGACAAAUCAUGGAGCUCCAAGAAUUCACCCGAAAACCCAAACAUACCGUCUCCCACACUCUCGGCGAGCUUUUACAGCUCGUCGGCGACGCCCACACCUCGCCGGACCACCGCGUCCUCGUUAUGCCCUUACCGGAACCGGCCUCAUUUCCGUUCAUUCUCUCUUUUAACAAUCUUACUUAUAGCGUGAACGCUAGCCGGAAAAUGACAAUUCCGGCGUGCUUUAGGACCAGUGAUUUGCCGGAGGAGAGGAAGAUUUUGCUGAAUGAUAUCUCCGGGGAGGCGAGGGAAGGCGAGAUCAUGGCCGUUCUUGGGGCUAGUGGGUCCGGGAAAUCGACGCUGAUCGACGCGCUCGCUGAUCGGAUUUCGAAAGAGAGCUUGAAAGGGACUGUGACUUUGAACGGUGAAGUAUUGGAAUCGAAGCUUUCGAAAGUGAUUUCGGCUUAUGUCAUGCAAGACGACUUACUGUUUCCGAUGUUAACAGUCGAAGAAACUCUAAUGUUCUCGGCCGAGUUUCGGCUUCCGAGGACUCUCUCGCCGUCGAAAAAGAAAGCCAGAGUCGAAGCUCUGAUCGAUCAAUUGGGUCUGCGAAACGCCGCCAAGACGGUGAUCGGAGACGAAGGCCAUAGGGGAGUUUCGGGCGGCGAACGACGUCGUGUUUCGAUCGGAACCGACAUAAUUCACGACCCGAUCGUGCUUUUUCUCGACGAACCCACCUCGGGGCUUGACUCGACAAGCGCGUUCAUGGUGGUGAAGGUACUGCAGAGAAUCGCUCAAAGCGGAAGCAUAGUUAUUUUGUCGAUUCAUCAGCCUAGUUACAGAAUCCUCAACUUGCUCGAUAGUUUGAUCUUUUUAUCGCGCGGACAGACCGUUUUCAGCGGGUCUCCCACGAGUCUUCCGGCUUUCUUUUCCGAAUUCGGACAUCCAAUUCCGGAAAACGAAAACCGGAGUGAAUUCGCUCUUGAUUUUAUUCGAGAACUCGAAGAGUCUCCAACCGGAACCAAAAACCUAGUCGAUUUCAACAAAUCAUGGCGAAUCAAAAACAGUCUCUGCAGCUACACAAACAAUCGGCCAACCCAGUCUCUCAAAGAUGCUAUAAAUGCAAGUAUUUCGAAAGGAAAGCUAGUUUCAGGCUCGACAAGCGUGAAUUCUUCAGAUCUGACUACUUCUGUUCAGAAAUUCGCAAACCCAUUCUGGAUUGAAUCGAUCGUGAUCGCCAGACGAUCGAUAACAAACUCCCGUCGAAUGCCCGAACUCUUCGGGAUUCGACUAGGGGCCGUGAUCGUCACAGGAGUCAUCUUAGCCACAAUGUUCUGGAAACUCGACAAUUCCCCAAAAGGAGUACAAGAGAGAAUCGGUUUUUUCGCAUUCGCAAUGUCGACAACAUUCUACACAUGCGCAGAAGCCAUACCAGUGUUCCUAAUGGAACGCUACAUCUUCAUGAGAGAAACAGCUUACAACGCGUACCGCCGAUCCUCCUACGUCUUCUCUCAUGCCAUCACCACAAUCCCCUCAAUCUUCUUCCUGUCCCUGGCCUUCUCCCUCAUCACUUUCUUCGCCGUAGGCCUCGCAGGCGGCCUCCCCGGCUUCGCCAUGUUCUUCCUCUUCGUCAUCGCCGCAUUCUGGGCCGGCAGCUCAUUCGUAACCUUCCUCUCCGGCGUCGUCUCCCACGUAAUGUUAGGCUACACCGUAGUCGUCGCAAUCUUAGCCUAUUUUCUCCUCUUCAGCGGUUUUUUCAUAACCCCGGAUCGAAUCCCCAAGUACUGGUUGUGGUUUCACUACAUGUCUUUAACCAAGUACCCGUAUGAAGGCGUUUUACAGAACGAGUUUAGCGACCCCAACAAGUGCUUUGUGAGGGGGGUGCAGAUCUUCGAUAACUCGCCGUUGGGGACGGUGCCGGGGGCGCUGAAGCUGGAGUUGUUGAAGACAAUGAGCAAGACUCUGGGCAUGAAUAUUACUAGCUCUACUUGCUUGACUACUGGUUCUGAUAUAUUGAGGACUCAAGCUGUUACUGAUAUAAGUAAGUGGAAUUGCUUGUUGAUCACUGUUGGGUUGGGGUUUUUCUUUAGGAUUCUGUUUUAUUUUGCUUUGUGUUUUGGAAGCAAGAAUAAGAGAAGCUAGAAGAUUUGGGAUUGUUAUUGUUGUUGUUGUGGGAUUUGGGAACGAUUGGAACUGCAGACAAUGAGAUUUGGCGGGAAUGUGACUUUGUAAUUUUAAUUUUUUUUAAAUAUUUAUUAAGGACUUUAAUUAUAGAUUUUAAUUUAGUUUCAAUAAUGUUAUGUAUCAUGAAAGAAAUAUCAUAAAAAAGUCUUUAUGAAGAUUUUUUACCUUCUGAUUAA